AUGGUUUGGGAAUCACUUUUCGAUGUCCUCAAUAAGACAAAAGACACUUGCGACGCGUCGCCACCUGCCACCCCGCCCCGUCCUGCUUCGCUACAGCCUCGGACGGCCUUAUGGAACCUGCUUGAAGGCGACACCUCUGGCGCAAGCGCAUUCAACCCUCAGAGUCCCCUGGGAUCCCUUGAUUUGAAUGGCAUACUGAAAACCUACUUCAAAAUUCCGGAGGACGACGAGGAAAAUGAGAAGGGCAAAGAGAAUGAGAGCCAUCCGUCCGCUGCCUACGACCCUCUCUCGCCGUUCGCUGUUCCGCCGACCGCGAGGACAAUUUAUUCCGUCCGUCGUGCGGUCCCGUCCCUCAGGGUGAACUCUGCGACGACUCCUCCCUCACGCCGAGCGGUUCAACGACCUCCAGCCGUUCGAUCACCUCGAUCCGCCUCUCAGCGUCCCGAGGCGUCGCCCAAUCCCACUCGCCCGUCGGCCCGCGUCAGUCCUUCCUUGUACAGUUUCUCUGGACCUUCUGUGUCUGCCACCAUUCUCCGUAGUUAUGACGGCUCUGGCGCUCCUGACGACGGCGACCUCGAUGAGCCAGACAUUGACGCGUCAGACGAGGAAGAUAGUCGUGCACGACGCGGGGAUAAGGGUAAAGGCCGCGCCAUUGAGCAGGCCUCGGGCUGGGAGGCAAACUUCGAGGCGGGUGACUUCCUGGAUGAUGAACAAAACCUUGGUGCCAAUCCCCGAGAAGUAUUUGGAUCCCUCGACGAAGAAUUGUACACGUAUGUGAAUGCUGACGACCAGGAAGACCUCGAGGAAGAGGCAAGCAACGACACUGAGGAGGACGGGGAUGACGAUGACUACGUGGAGAACAAUGAUGCCACAGAGUCUCCCGCACCAGGGCCCAGCACGGGUGCAGCGUAUUGCUACGGUGCUGGGCCUAUUGCAUCUGCACCAGUCGCAUGGGGAACCCUCCAGCGACAUAAAACACAAGACCAUAUGAACAGGGUCGGUUCAGCACUCGCAACCGAGCAGCUGCCCCAGCGCCACCCAUCCAGUAGCCGCGUCAAGCGCAAGAGGGAUGCCGACAAUGAUGGGUCAGAGCAUGCAGAGGACGCACCACAGUCCGGAGUUGAAGGACCAACAGCGCAAGAUGUACCAGGGCGCAAGCAACCGCGGCAGCCCACGGACAUCCGCAUGUCGGAUGCGGAGAUCCUCAAGACGUACGGCGGUUCAAGGCAUCCUGAACCAACUUGGACGACGCCGGACUACGGCUGCCGCGUCUGGGGAAAGCGUGAAGCAUGGUGCUGUCACUUCUGCAAGAAGACUGUAAAGCUCUGCGGGGGCAUCAAUCGCCAUGUCAAGUCACACCACUAUGCACCGCAGCUCUGGUGCAAGACGUCUGGUUGCCCGUGCACUUGUCGCAAAGGUGUCGGAUUGAGAACUUCACGCAAGUGGGUUAUGACGCGCCAUCUGAAGACGUUCAAGGGCGAUUCCAGGGGAGACGAGCUGGAGGAGUCGGAAAACGAGGAGUCGGAGAUGGAAGAGUCGGAACCCGAGUCACCGAAGAGAAAGUCGAAAAAGGCGAGAAAGGAAUGA